CUUCUCCCCGUUCCUUUCUCCCUACUCUUUCUCUCUUUCUCUCCCACACAACCCCUCGCUUUCUCUCGCUCAUCCACUCCCCUCUCUUCUUAUUCUCACAUUACUAUCACUCGUAUUCAUCUCAUCUUCUCUCUUUUCUCCCUCCACUUACCUCCUUUCAUCCCCCCCUUUUCUCACGUUGCUCGAUCUCCCUCACUCCCUCCCCCGCGCCUCUUCCCCCCCUGCGUCCCUGCCUCACAUUUUCUCCAUGCCUUGGCUGCCAGAUCGCACCGGUCUGGCUGGGGCUGUUGAUCUAUCUUCAGCAUGGUCCGAGUGCCACGCGGUUGUCGGGCCUGCGCUGACGCCCAUCUUCAGGUGUGACAACAAAUCUCCCUGUAACCACUGCAAAACUCGCAAUGUCCCUUGUCUAAGUCAGACCCGAACCUUCAAAUUUCGCAACGAAGUACCUGCUCUCCAACAACGUUAUCGCACUUCAAUCUCACCGACUACUUCCACUACUUCUUCUACUUCAACCUCCUCCGCGUCGUCGCAACUUGUCCCCCGCCCGCCCCGCGAGAGGGACCCGCCUUCUCCAGGUUCGGCCCGCGGGCGCGACGUGCGAUUCGCCCCGCUGCCGCUGUCAAUGGACGAAUCCGUCUCGCCGUCUCUGACCGUCACUGCGGUCUCCGCUCAACAAACCCAGAUCUUCACCAAUUACGUCCUCACUGCCUUCCCUUGCUUCUUCAAAUGCACCGAAACUCGCGUGCCCGUCAAUUGGGUCGAAUAUGUCGACCGUCGACGUGGCGCCAUGAACUCGUGCUUCGACUGGGCCAUCCGUGCCUGCACCCUGUCUUAUACCGCCUCCCUCUACGAUAUCCCUGAACUCAAUGAAGUCGCGCGCUCCUUUUACACCCGCUCUCUCGGCGGUCUCGCCGGCCUUCUUGCCGACGAGUCGACUGCCAAAUCCGACGAAGCCCUCUCCACCGCAAUCGUGCUCGCCGUGUUCGAAAAGCACCACUGCACCGGCCCAGAGGCGUGGAUCCACCACGCCCACGGUAUCCGCGCACUUCUCAAACUCCGCGGCCCCAAGGCCCAUCUCUAUGGCUUCGGUCGUGCCAUGUACAUCGUCUACCGACCGAUCCUUGUCUCCGCUGCCCUCAUUGAGGGCGAAGCCUGCUUUCUCGAGGAGCCUGAAUGGCAAUCCCUCAACGAGCAGAUCUCCGACGACAACGCCAAGCUUCCCGAUUCGUCAUUGUAUACGGACGUCGUCGACCGGGGCCUGCGCGAAAUAAUAAAGAUCCCCGGUUACGUCAAACGCGUCCGCGACCUACUCUCCCUGCCCUUGACCAAACGGGCCAAGCUCGAACCCCCCUUGCUGCAAAGCGUACAAGCUACCCGCGCUACCCUGCGCGGUAUCCACACCGAGUUCGGCGUGUCCAUCUCCAUGCUCCGUGCCGGCCACAGUCAGCCGCGCGGCUUCAUCGGACCACUACCACAAUUCUUCUUUGAGGGGUAUUCGGCGCAUGUCACGCGGGGCGUGCACGCCGGACUCACCAUCCUGAAUUACCUCGUCAUCAUGCUGGACCCGAGCCAGCGUGAAACCCCACAGAAAGAAGCUCGUCUACUAUCCAAUCCGCCAUCCCCGGAGAGUGCGGUCAGUCCGGCGUCGGAGUAUAGCUCCCCGCAGACCCCGUCUAGCUCGCCGGGAUCUCCCCAGCUCGUUGUGGAGUCACUGAUCACCCCGGACUAUAAGCAGGGUCCGACGACGGACUGGAUGGAUCAAUUGACAUCGUCGAUGGGAAUGGACGGCGUGCGGGUGCGUAUUGUUGAUUAAUCAUGAUAGUUACUUAUGUAUGUAUAGCGCGUUUGGAGUUGUGAAUUGGACUGUCUUGGCUGG